AUGUCUUAUAGGGAAUUGCUGGGGAGAGAGGAGUUGUGGCCUGCCUUGCUAUCAACCCCCGCCGUCCUGUCAAUACUGCAGCUCAUCACCCUGCCCUGGUGUCCAGAAAGCCCACGCUACUUACUGAUCGACAAAGGCAACGAGACUGCAUGCGACAAGGCACUAAAGCAGCUUCAUGGCGAAGGUGGAUAUCUCAAAGAGAAGGCAGAGAUCGAGAGGGAGAGACGUGAUGAUGCUGGAGUGAAACCGAAGAAACCCUGGGAACUAUUUCGGGACCUGAGCAUUCGCUGGCAACUCGCCAGCAUCAUGGUCAUUAACCUGUUUUAUCAGAUCAACGGCAUUAAUGCAAUGUAUUAUUACGCAACACCUAUGUUUGCUGAGGCAGGCAUUACAGAAGAUAAGAUACCAUAUGUGACAAUCGGCACAGGACUAAGUGAAUUCUUACCUUCAAUCCUCUGUGGCAUCUUGAUUGACUCACUUGGAAGGAAAGUCCUCAUCAUUGGGGGGUACUUUCUAAUGGCUCUCUGGUGUUUAGGGAUAACCCUGACCCUCACUUUCGCUGAGGCAAGUCCAUGGGUGCCAUAUCUCAGCAUCGCAUUCACUUUUGCCUUCAUCGUCAGCUUUGGCAUGGGACCAGGUGGUGUUUCUCGUGCUCUAACCUCUGAGAUCUUCACCCAAGCUGUGCGACCAGCAGCAUGCAUUAUUGGGCUAACAGUCAACUGGAUUGGCUUCUUCAUCCUUUCCAUGGUCUUUCCAUAUACAGUAUAGUGGAAGGGCUUGGGCAGUACUGUUUUCUUGUGUUCUUAGUCAUCAACCUCAUGAUCGCCGUCUACACAUUGUUUUUGGUCCCAGAGACCAAGAACAAAACCUUCACGGAGAUCCAGGCAGCAUUCCAAAUCAACAACAAAACCUUCCAGAAGAUCAAAGCAUUGUUCCAAACCAAGACGAAGAAACAGAAUCAGCAGCAGCAGAUGUCUGUCGCAGAGGAGGUUCUGGCAACAUACCUUUGAAAGUCGGAAAAAUGUUCACAAUGAUGUUGUUGAAAUGACAUUAUUUAGUCAUAUUUAUUAUUUAUCACGCCCUGACUGGAAAACUUGCACUUUACAUACAUGAAAAGGGGGAUGUUCUCCAUAGUCCGCCAUUUUGAAUUUCUAAAAAUAUCCAUUUUUAGCUGCAAAAAUGACUGUACUUGGGCCAUACUAGAAAAUAUUAUUUUAUUACUUAGUAAACUUUCAUGAAAAGAUCAAAUUUGUCAAUAGGCAACCCAGUUUCAAGGAACAGCAUAGUUGCAGUACCUUUUUUGACCAUUUCCUGCACAGGGUACCUUUAAAUUGAGGAUCUAAAUAUAUUUUCACGCCCCAAAGAGAAUACCAGUAGCUCCCAAGUUAACUAUUUUAAUGAAAAAACAGUUGGAUCACUUCUGUUUACAGCUAAUAUUAUCAUCUGAAUUGCUAGUUACUAGUCUAUCCUGAUGAACAUGUGUCAUUCAAGUAUAGAAAAAAGUAGAUGCGUCACACUCACCACCGUUAGUUUCUGCUGUUGUGUUGUGCUGUUUUUUCAUUCCAAACUUCCAUUUUCACACCUAAUUUGAUGACAGCAAAUCUCCUCAUCCUUCUG